AUGGCUUUGUACAAACGGCUCUCGUGGAGGCCCCUUCGUGCCAGUAUCUUGCACGGAUUGAGUAAAUUGCACUCGGUAUCUAGUCAAAAAUCUAUUGACCAUUUCUGGUGGCGUAAUUCGCCAAACUCAAAAAAUUUUUGCUCUAAAGCUAUUCCCACUGACAUCCACAAUAAUAGAGACAGACAUUUAUUAGAUUUAACCCAAUGUGGAAGUUAUCAAAAAACUUUCAAUUUCUUCUACACAUUUAAGAAUGAAUUAACCAUUAAUCACUUAAUAGCCACAUUAUACCAUUUAUACGAAAUUUCAAAUGAUAAACUUCAAACAUCUUCGAGAAUUAUCGAUAGUAAGAACAUUAAUGAUUCUUAUAGUGACAAAUAUUGGAAGGAUGAUUACAUAGGGGACUAUUCAACACUCAACUACGGAAAUUAUAGAAGGGAUAAACUUCUUGGUUUUCCCAGAGAGAUAUCAGAUAUUUACUGCACUAUCAAGUCUCGAAUACACAAGUUCAAUACUAGACAAUUGUUAUUCCUAGCCCAUGCAACUAAUUUGUUAGAGUUGCCUCAUACAAAGGAGAUACAAAGACAUGUAUCAGAUAGGAUAUCAGAUCAGAUUUGGCUUUUGGAACUUCUAGAUCUGAUAAGGGCAGGGGAUUCUUUACUUGUAUUCAAUAGGAAUUUUAGUAAAUAUGAUCACGAGUUUUCAAAGUUGUUUCUCCACGUCAGUAUGAAAAGGUAUAAAGAAUCUAUGCUUGAUCCUAAUUCACUGGAAUUUGACUUAUUUAAGAUCAUAUCUAAAUCAAAUUCAAUUGCACCGAUAUUAUUAAAGGAAUUAUCACCAGCAGUACAUUCUAGGAUUAAUCUAUACAGCAAAGAUGAGUUGAUUUAUAUUUUGACCAAAUAUUCCCGAUUCUACCACAAAAAUUCGACUCUUAUUGUACAAAUGCUAAACCAUUUACUAACAUUUGAUCUUAACACUCUAGAUCUUUGUUCAACAUGCGACCUUGUUUGGUGCGCCUCCAAAUUAUAUAAUCGUACCAACAUCACCAAAGCGCCAUUUACUAUAUUAGGCAAAUUGAUUGACCAUGUGAAACAAUUAGUGCGCGAUUUAACGGCAAGAAGGUUGGCAAUGUUAAUUUGGGCUUAUAGUACAACUGUGCCAAAUGCUGAAUUGAUGGAAAUGUUUUUGGAUCGCGCUAUGGAAGUCUAUGAUCAGAUGGAUCCGAGUGGCCUGUCAAACACUUUGUACGGAUUAUCCACGACAAUACCAGAUCUCUCGCACAAAUUGUUUGACAAGGUGGAUAAGACCAUAGUUGAACACAUCAAAAUAUUCAAUACCAUAGAUUUGGCAACUACUUCUUUAGCAUACUGUAACGUUAAUGGGGGCACACAAGAAUUACACAAUUCCAUAGCAGACGCUGUACUAGAACUAGGAACUUUUAUGUCGGCAGAUUGCUUGACCAAAGUCUUAUAUACUUACGGCACGAUCAAUUGCUGUUCCACUGUAGUUUAUGGGUUGAUUUUUGCGAUACUGGAAAGGUUAAACCAAUUUACCACCAAUGGAUUGUGCAUUAUAUUAUGGAGUUUUAGCGUGUUCAAUAUGUUGGAUACAGGCGUGUGGGAAGCUAUAUUACCCCUGAUAGAAUGUGAAAAGGUUAUUACAGGUUCUAAAUGCGAGUUGCUCUACCCCGCGCUAUUAGAAUUUAAAUUGGCACAUCCUAACGUGCUGAUCAAUGUAGUAAAUAGGCUGUUAAAUUUGUCAAGAGGUUUAUAUUUUGAGCGUCAACUAAAACAGUCAAAUAGCAUUGACCGUACUUUCUAUAAUGCAGUAUACCAGAGCAUUACUGAUCAUUAUGGGCUAUCAACAGUAGAAUCAUUGGGCGUGGAUGAGGUUGAAAACGCAUGCAAUGUGACCGUCAAAGGGUUCAACAUAUCAGGCGUGUUUUUGGACAUGUUGUUUACAGUGGAUGAUGGAAUAUAUGGUGUUUUGUUAUUUGAUAAGUGCAACGUUACUAGGCUAAACCAGUUGCCCAUGGGACAAGAUAUACAAAGGGACAGAUUGGUCAAUUCACUCAGUGCCAAUUGCUUUAACAAGCGCUUUAAAACCAUAAAACUUUUACAGAGUGAAUUCCAGACCAAUGGCAUAGAGGCUAUCCUAGGGCAGAUGUAA